AUGUACUCUCUAAGCCCGCUUGUGGUGGUUGGCCUUGGUCUAGCCGUCUCAGCCAUGAGCGAUAUCUUUGAUUCCAAAAACUACGCCGAAGCGAACGUAAUUGUCUCCGAUAUUGCUGUCAUUGGAGGCGGUUCAUCAGGAACAUAUGCUGCAAUCAACCUGCGCAAAAUGGGGCAGAAUGUAGUGGUCGUGGAGAAAAGGAAACACCUCGGUGGCCAUACAAACACGUACACUGAUCAUGCCACCGGCCUCACUGUGGACUAUGGUGUACAAAGAUAUCUAAACAACUCCGUCACACUCGACUAUUUCGCCCACUUCAACAUCCCCCUUGUCAACUACACUGAACCCAAUCUCAUCCAUUCGCUGGCAGACUUCAACACGGGUAAUCCAGUCGCUUUCAAUCCCAGUAAAAAUCUGACCGGAUGGGCAAUCGAGCUUGCUAAGUAUCCCUGGCUAGACUCCACCUGGAACGUGCCGCAGCCACUUGCCCCGGAUUUGUUGCUGCCUUUCGGAGACUUUAUUAACAAAUACAACCUUUCUGAAGUUGCAUUUAGCGUUUAUCUCAAUGCCCAUGGGCUUUCAAAUCCACUACAACAACUGACUGUUAAUGUGAUGAAGUUGGUGAGCACUGAGUUCCUAAGUCAAAUAUCAGGUGCUGGCGUUGGGCCCGCACAUCAUGAUAACUCUGAGCUAUACAAAAAAGCACUUAGUGAGCUCGGCUCCAACGCUCUGGUAUCCUCGGCCGUGACGGCUGCCGCAAGACCCCAAUCUGGACGAGGCGUGCCUCUGGUUGUCAAGACACCAACUGGCUCUAAGCUUAUUCAAGCAUCCAAGCUACUUAUCACCAUUCCCACAACCUUGGAAAAUAUGGAACGAUUCGACCUCAGCCCAGCGGAGCGUGCUUUGUUUGCACAGUGGGACACCAUGGGCUUUUAUAUUAUGCUCGUCAAUAACACCGGCCUACCUGAUGGGCAUCAGUGGAUCAAUGGGGACUCAUCUGCCAUGUACAACAUCCCUCAGCAGCCUGCAGUGGAGCUUAUAACUAGCACCCGCAUUCCAGGUAUGUUCUAUGUCUGGUUCCGCAGCUCCUCACGAAUGGCGCGGUUGGCAGUCGAGAAGGCGGCUAUUCGGGCUAUCCAGAACAUACAGAGCGCGCAGAGCUUCACGGUCACAACUCCUCAAAUUGUCAAAUUCAAAUCACACUCGCCUUUUAAAUUGGAAGUGUCCGCUCAGGCCAUCAAGGAUGGCUUUUAUAGUGACCUGUACGCCCUGCAGGGACAACGCAAUACCUGGUACACGGGGGCUGCGAUGAUUUCUCACAACGGAGGAGUACUUUGGAGCUUUACCCAAGCACUAUUACCCCAUAUAAUUGCCGCUGACUAUAUAUGGUGUUGA